UUGUUAUUAACUGACUUGCCCAGUUAAAUAAAGGUUUAAAAAAUGAACCGGGAUGGGGAACCCUGCUAUGGGCAGUGCAGUGGAUAUAAUAUUGGACAAAGCUACCGUCCCCUGUAAAUGUGGGAUUUAGCUGAUAGCGAAUUUAACCUACAAAGUGCCAACAUCGCUACCCUGGCGUUUCCUUGUUUUGAUGGCUGUUAUCUUCCCAAGCAAGAAAAUGAAUUUGUUCACACAGUCCUGCACGAACUGGAUGCUUACCUACAGAGAGAGAAACAGAAAAGUGCCCUACUCUUCCCCCCUCUAUCAAGCAGACUUCGCUACCUGAUUCACAAAACCACUGAGAACCACCGUAACCUCGCCACCUUCUCCGUGGGGGAGGGCUGGAGCCGCAGAGUAGUUGUCUGCUACUCGCACCUCAGGCUGGAUCUGGGGGAUGAAAGCAACACAGACAGUUUCUACAAUGAGGCUCCUAGGAGAGGUAUGGGGAUGCAGAGCAGCAGAAUGGACCUCCAGCCCAGACCACUGGCCCAGCGGAGCGGAGGUAAUGCCAAACGCCCUGACAAGGCCAUCUACGUCCCAAGGGCGGCUAGGGACAGGCAACGGGACAGUGGCAGUAAUCUCCACGGACCACCAGCAGGGGUGGACCUUGACCUGCCUCUGCACACUCUCAGCUUCACCUCCUCGGGAUGCACCUCCACCUCAGAGUCCUGCUCCUGCUGCUCCUCAGACACCACAGAGGGAACGCUGUCAGAAACGCAGGCCAACACCAACCAGGACAGUGUGCCUUUUAAUACCACUAGCGCUGGGCAGGAGGACGACUUCAUUCGCUUCUCAGCAGAGGAGCCCUGCCCCCACCCCCCCGCCUGGGGCCAGACUGUGUCCUACUUCAUGGCCCUGACCCUGGAGCACCAGACUAGGGAAGCCCAGGAGGAGGAGGAACAUGUAGCGGAGGAGGUGCUGACGGAGGAGUCGUCUGUGGGCAGUAGCAACGUGACCUCCCACCAACACCAUGCCUCUCAUACAACACCAGCCAAGGAUGCUACUAGCGAUGCUGUUGAUUUUAGCCAAGAGAUCAAGGCCCACUUGACAGAGACUGACGUAGCCAUCGAACACGCCCACAACGACUACUCUUGUUUCGAAAACGUGUGGAUCAACCAGGACGAAUUUGGCCACGUCAUCGAGAUCUACGACUUCCCGGCCAUGUUCAAAACAGGCGACCUGCUGGAUGCCUUUGCAGACUACAGCGACGAAGGCAUGAAGAUUAAGUGGGUGGACAACACUCACGCCCUGGGCGUGUUCUCCAGUCAAUCUGCAGCCCUCCAUGCACUUUCCAUUCGGCACCCUCUCCUAAAGACGUGCACUCUGUCUGACGGGAGCAAGAAGGCCAAAGGGAAAGCCAUAAGACGUGCUGAGUUUAUCCAGCCGGUGAAGGAGAGGCCACGGACAGACUCAGCGGUGGCCCGCAGAAUGGUAUCCAGAGCCCUGGGAGUGCAGAGAGGUGGAAUGCCCUCACAACGUUUCUGACCGCAGACUCAAGAGAUACAAAGAAUGUCAGGCUACAACUUGGCUACACGACUACAGAUGUCCUUGCUACUUAAAUAACUGGCAGACCAUUGCUGUUCUAUGACUUGUUCCUCUUCAAUUUCCCAUUUGUUGAUGCUAGUGUAGCACUCAAGUGUGUGAUUAACACUAUAGGGCUGACCCAAACCAUACUAUGCAGGCGUGGAUAUUUUCUUUUCACAUUGUAAUUUCUAUCAUGGUCCCAACAACUAUGGUGGGUGGACGUGUAAUAAGGCUGACCCAGUACAGCUCGGGUUGGCUCCUUUUGGUCCUGUAGUGUGAAUCAGGCACCAGUUUCAAAGGGAAUGGGGCGUUGUGUUACUGUGCGGUUUGGGGUGUCGACAAGUCUUACUGUAUUUUAACUUCGUAAUUUGUUAUAACCCAAACACUUAACAGAUCAUUUUAGCUUACCCUGGUUGCGUCCAUACAUAGAUGGAUACAGUUGAUGAUACAUGGGUUGUAUAAUUCCUAUUAUAAACUGGAUGGUUUGAGCCCUGAAUGCUGGAUGGCUGAAAGCUGUGGUAUAUCAGACCGUAUACCACGGGUAUGACAAAACAUUUACUUUUACUGUUCUAAUUACGUUGGUAACCAGUUUAUAAUAGCAAUAAGGCACCUCUGGAGCUUGUGGUAUAUGGCCAAUAUACCACGGCUAACGGCUGUAUCCAGGCACUCCGUGUUGCCUCAUGCUUAUGAACAGUCCUCAGCUGUGGUAUAUUGGCCAUAUACCAUACCACACCCCCUCGAGGCUUAUUGUUUAAUUAAGCCUAAUUUAUACAUUGCAUACUUGCGUAGCAAAAGGAAAACGGAAAGAAAAAAAUGUCCGCCGAUGCAAUUACAACUCGACAAAACUAUUCAGGGUCGCCAUGUUGAGCAAUUAAUAAAAUGGUUGAUUUCUAAUGCUAAAAACUCACUCAAACAUUUUCUGAAACAUUCAGGCUGAAUGAUAAAAUGUUACUUGUUUAUGUUUAUAAGCAUUUUUCCAGGGGAUUUAAAUAAAAUAGAAUGCAAUUAUUAUAUAGAGUUCUGUUAUAUGCCAUUGUUUUUUAUGGUAUACAGUACCAGUCAAAAGUUUGGCCCCACCUACUCAUUCAAGGGUUUUUCUUUAUUUUUACUAUUUUCUACAUUGUAUAAUAAUAA